UCCAACACUCUCUCAACCAGCGAAUCUCUUCACGAAAUGCCAGCCCAUAAAGAGGACUCUAAUCCCGAACCUGAAGAGCCUCUAAUUGAUACCACGGCUCCUCUCGCCCUGCGUUCAAAACGCACAGAACGCCGGCAAAAGAAACGUCAUCUCAAAGCCGCCACCUCAAGACAGACCGCAACCCUUUGGGAUCUUCCUUCAGAACUCAUUCUCUCUAUCUUGAGCUAUCUUCGGCCCAGUGAUAUUAUCACUCUCUCACGUGUAAACCGCGGCCUGCACUCGUUCAUCCUCGAAGAAAAAUCUCGUAUCGCUAGCUCCGUCAUCUCAAGACGUUAUUCAAUCUUAACGCAAUGCUUUCCCCUUCCCAUCCUUCUCUCCAACGUGGAAGCGGAAGCCCAUCCAGCCUUAUUAGACGAAGAAAGACAGAUCAAGCAUUUACACAUCCACAAGAAGCCGUACCAACACAUUCAACCACCUGAUCCCAAGAAAAUCUGCACCUGUCUCACCUGUAUCCUAGCCUGGAACAACCUCUGCGUAAUAAUCGACUUCGCACACUGGCAAACGAAUCUCGAGAACGGAGAACCAAUCCCCAUGAUCCCCCGGGGCAAACACCCCCGCUGGAACCGCACCCUCAUCCUCUCGCACUCCACCAAGGUGGAAAAGGCCCUGGAGAACCCACUCUGGUACGCGCGCAUCUUGCAAGAACACCUAUCAUCGACAACCAAAUCCAUCAAGCGACACGGGAACAACGCAGGUAACAAGAGAAGGAGGUUUAGGAUGGAGAUCAGCGAUGUGGAGGCGGGCACUGAUGCGUUUUUGAGGAGGAGUGGACCGCCGAGUCUGGAUUUCCCGUUUCAUAGGGAUAAUUUUUAUAUGCUGGAGGCGUAUUGUCCGAAUCGGGGGUGGAAUGCUGAGGUGGGGGAGUGGAGGUAUAUGCCGGCUAGUCAGCAUUUGAGGGAUGUGGAGUUUGUGAAGGCUUGGGCGAGGGGGAAGGAGAGGAGGGAGAGGGAGAGGAAGGAGGAAGAGAAUUUAAGGGUCAGAAGGGGAGAGGAUGAGGUUAAUACGGGGCCGUGAAGUUGGAGUCGAAGCCAUCUUCACAUUGCCAACGAGUCUCAUCUCAUUGAAAGUCUCAGUCUUGGGCUCGUUGCAAAUGCGCUACUUUUUCUGCUCUAUGUUGACGCCUACAUAUGCUAGCUUUGCUUUCGAGGUUUUCGGAGAGAAAAUAUCAAGUCCAAUUUCAAAGUAAAGUUGCGCCACGAGAUGAUAGGAAUCAAUUUUUCUUUGUAGCUGUGGCUACGCAAGCAUCUUUUGGCAGUGCGGGGUAAUUUACCCCGCAAUCGACGUUUUCCCGACUUGGAACAGUGCUACAAAAACAAUUGUAAUUAUAUCUUUCAAGUUCUCACUUUGUUGACGAAAUUCAGCCUCUUCAAGAAAGGUCUAUUUCUUUUUAUAAUACAGAGC